AUGACUGAGACAUCCAUUCAAUUCCUGGAUAACCCCACUGUCUUGGAUCUACUGAUCAACCUCUCUCGAGAGGAAGCAGUUGGGCUUCGGCGAGUGGUCGAGCAAACAUUCCAAGAUUUCUCCGUCGGGGGUGAGCGUCAGUAUCAACCUGCGCCGAGUUUUGUCAAUCGCCCCAACGGCCAUACUGCUCUGUUCAGACCUUUCACAUCGAACGAGAGUGUUGGAACCAAAAUAAUCGCUCAGUCUACCCCCGGGCCCGAUGGCAAUAAAUGUGACAUUAGCGGUGUUAUCGUGCUGUGCGAUGUGAAAGGUACUCCAACGGGGAUCCUUAGCUCCGAGGAAGUGACGGGCUACCGUACUUCGAUGAACGCGAUGGUCCCAUUUUCGUGGAGGAAACAUGUUGGCAAGAUUGUGAUCUUCGGAAGUGGUAUGCAGGCUCUUUGGCAUACUCGGUUAAUCCUCACGCUGCGGGGAUCGGAAGUGAAGGCCAUCACCUAUGUCAGCUCGGGAAAACAGCGAGUUGAUGAUUUGAUUGCCAAAGUCUCGGCGGAGAAUGAAGCUCGCUGGAAGUCUGGCUGUUCUUUCCAGUUCAUCGACUCUACAACUUCCGACUUUCAACAAAAUAUCAUGACUUCUUUGCAAUCUGUGGACUGCAUAUUCUGCACCACGCCUUCCAAGAAGCCUCUAUUCCCAGCCAGCUAUUUGGCAGGAAGAGAUGGUCAUCGGCCUUUCAUCUCCGCUGUUGGCUCUUGGCAGUCUGAUAUGAUCGAGGUGCACCCUGAACUACUUCAACUUGCUGUUGCGCCCAAUGCUGGUUACAAUCCAAUUAGCGAAAACGAAGACGGUGUCAUCCUUGUUGACGACCGCGAGUUUGGCCUUGCUCAUUGCGGAGAGCUACUUCAGGCCAAAAUCGCCGCGAAAGAUGUUGUGGAGCUUGGUGAAAUCAUAUCCUUGACAGCUGCGCAGGAAACUAAUGAAUCCACGAAGAAAAUUGAAAAGACCAAGCAUUUCAUUUCAGAGGGCUUUGUCAUUUAUAAAAGUGUGGGUGUGAGUCUUACAGAUUUGACUGUGAGCAACGCUAUUCUUCAAUUGGCCAAGAAAAAAUGGGGGUAA